UCCUAUUGUCUGAAUGCAGAAGUUGGAACACGAGCUUCGGAAGCUGCUGCUCCUCUCUCUGAAUGAAGAUUGAGUUUGCUCCAGACUGUAACCUCCUUACUCCGUCACCCAUCUGAUAUGAGAAGAGCAGCUUUGCAGGUAGAGCUCCCCAACUGAGUACCAUGUGAAGGUCUGACAGAGCCCCUUGAUUCGUGGGACAGGAGAGACGUCCCUCUUUCAGUCCAGAAGGGGCAAAUUCUUUGAACGUUUUUGUCUGCUUCAGUAGGCUCUUAAAGUAUCGUCUUUACCUGAACCACAGGGGCACGUGCCUGAGCCAGUUUGCCCACUGUGGGGAAAGGAAGUCUCAGGAGGCAUUCCGCGCGCCAUGGAGAAACCGUGGAAGUGUGGGGAUUGCGGGAAAGGGUUCCGCUCCCCCUCCGUGCUGGAGAUCCACCGCCGUGUCCACACUGGGGAGAGGCCGUUCAGCUGCUCGGUGUGCGGCAAGGGCUUCACCCAGCUGUCUAUCCUGCUGACCCACCAGCAUUUCCACACCGGGGAGCGGUCCUUCACCUGCCCCGUCUGCGGCAAGUUCUUCACCCAGUCGUCCACCCUGCUGACCCACCAGCGGGUCCACACCAGGGAGCGGACCUUCACCUGCUCCGUCUGCGGCAAGGGCUUCACCGACUCCUCCCACCUGCUGACCCACCAGCGGGUCCACACCGGGGAGAGGCCGUUCAGCUGCUCGGUCUGUGGCAAGAGCUUUACCCAGUCGUCCAACCUGCUGCGGCACCAGCGGCUCCACACCGGGGAGCGGCCCUUCACCUGCUCCGUCUGCGGCAAGGGCUUCACCGACUCCUCCCACCUGCUGACCCACCAGCGGGUCCACACCGGGGAGAGUCCGUUCAGCUGCUCGGUCUGCGGCAAGAGCUUUACCCAGUCGUCGAACCUGCUGCAGCACCAGCAGGUCCACACCAGGGAGCGGCCGUUCAGCUGCUCGGUCUGCGGCAAGAGCUUCACCCGCUCGUCCACCCUGCUGCAGCACCAGCGGCUUCACACCGGGGAGCGGCCCUUCACCUGCUCCGUCUGCGGCAAGAGCUUCUCUCACUUGUCCAACCUGCUGACCCACCAGCGGCUCCACACCAGGGAGUGGCCCUUCACCUGCUCUGUCUGCGGCAAGGGCUUCACCCGCUCGUCCAACCUGCUAACCCACCAGCGGCUCCACACCGGGGAGCGGCCGUUCAGCUGCUCGGUCUGCGGCAAGAGCUUCACCCGCUCGUCCACCCUGCUGCAGCACCAGCGGCUUCACACUGGGGAGCGGCCCUUCACCUGCUCCGUCUGCGGCAAGAGCUUCUCUCGCUCGUCCAACCUGCUGAUCCACCGCCGGGUCCACACUAGGGAGCGGCCCUUCACCUGCUCCGUCUGCGGCAAGGGCUUCACCCGCUCGUCCGACCUGCUAACCCACCAGCAGGUCCACACCGGGGAGUGGCCCUUCACCUGCUCCGUCUGCGGCAAGGGCUUCACCCGCUCGUCCAACCUGCUGACCCACCAGCAGGUCCACACCAGGGAGCGGCCCUUCACCUGCUCUGUCUGCGGCAAGGGCUUCACCCGCUCGUCCGACCUGCUAACCCACCAGCGGGUCCACACCGGGGAGAGGCCGUUCAGCUGCUCGGUCUGCGGCAAGAGCUUUACCCAGUCGUCCAACCUGCUGCGGCACCAGCGGCUUCACACCGGGGAGCGGCCCUUCACCUGCCCUGUCUGCGGGAGGGGCUUCGCUCAGUCCCAGCACCUGCUGCGGCACCAGCGGGGGCACAAGUGACGGGGCCAGCCGCUGUGAGUCACCGCCCAGGGCUGAACCCUGGGUGGGAUGGGGGAGGGUCACUGCAGUUGCUGUGCUCUCAUCCCCUUGGCAUCCAGUGGCUCUGCGAGCCUGCGACUGCGCAUUUCCUCCUGAAGUGGAGAUGUACAACACAGAAACAGACCCUUCGCUCCAACUCCUCCAUAUCCUCAACUAAUCAAGUCCCAUUUGCCAGCAAUUGGCCCUAUCCCUCCAAACCUCUCCUUAUGCAGAUACCCAAGUGGAUGCCUUUUAAAUGUUGCAAUUGUACCAGCCUCCACCACUUCCUCUGGCAGCUCAUUCCACACGCACACACACCACCCUCUGUGUGAAAAAUGUUGCCCCUUAGGACCCUUUUUAAAUCUUUCCCCUCUCACCCUAAACCUAUGCCCUCUAGUUCUGGCAAAAGACUUUGUCUAUCCCUAUCCAUGCCCCUCAUGAUUUUAUAAACCUCUCUUAAAGUCAACCCUCAGCCUCUGACGUUCCAGGGAAGACAACCCCAGCCUGUUCAGCCUCUCCCUGUAGCUCAAACCCUCCAACCCUGGCAACAUCCUUGUCAAUCUUUCUGAACCCUUUCAAGUUUUGCAACAUCCUUCCGAUAGACCAGAAGUGCACAUAAUACAGAGGAACUUCGAUUAUCCAGAAUUAGAUGAACCAGCACGGUGGCUCAGUGGUUAGCGCUGCUACCUCACAGUACCAGGGACCCGGGUUUCAUUCCUGCCUCAGGCGACAGACUGUGUGGAGUUUGCACAUUCUCCCCGCGUCUGCGUGGGUUUCCUCCUAGUGCUCCGGUUCCGUCCCACAGUCCAAAGAUGUGCAGGUCAGGGUGAAUUGGCCAUGCUAAAUUGCCCGUAGUGUUAGGUACAUUAGUCAGAGGGAAAUGGGUCUGGGUGGGUUACUCUUCGGAGGCUCAGUGUGGACUGGUUGGGCCUGUUUCCACACUGUAAGGGAUCUCAUCGUCAAGCGACUGAAAUACACCCUGCAUGUGUCCUUUGGAUAAUCGAGGUUCCUGUGUAUUCCAAAAGUGGCCUAACCAACGUCCUGUCCAGACCCCAACCCCUAUACUCAGUGCUCUGACCAAUAAAGUGAUCUGCAGAAUCUGCGGGACUUGCUUAAUCCUGGAAGGUAAAUCACGUGUUUCUCCUUCUCUUGCAGGUGGAUCCAAGAUUUCACUCUCUGUCCCAUUGAGUCUCCAGUCAGGUCCUUCAGCUCAACUGGUCUCUCUCAGUAUUUCUGACCCAUGUGAGCCUCUACGCACCUCCCCUUCACUUGCUCACACUUGAUUUCCCUUACAGCAGCAUUCCCUUCAGUUCCUUUCUCCCUGACGUCUGUAUCCAGCUUCUCCUUAAAUGCCGUCCACCUCAACCUGCUACUGUGGGGGUCAUUCCCGCUGCAGACAGAGGUCUCUCCUUGUAACCUCUUCAAAAGAUUUACUGCUGACUU